GCCUUUAUUUAGUUUCUCAUUUAAUUGAUAUACAUUUACAUCGACAAAUCCAAAUUUUAUUGGGAAAAUUAAACUUCUACUGUAAAAAUUAAGAGUUUAGAUUGGCUACAUUUCCUAGGUCAAAUAGAAAAUAUCUAAAUGAAAACACAAACAGGAAGUGAGAGAGAAAUUUUCGGAUAAUGAGUACCGUCUUCCCUAUUUAAAAGCCUUGCUUAGAACGAUCAUCAUCAGAGAACCUACCUGAAGGUUCACCAGAACCCCAUCUCAGCCAGCCCAGCAGCAGCCACAUCUUCCCCAUGGCCUUCAUGCUCUCUCUACUGAUGGCCCUGGUGCUGGUCAGCUAUGGCCCGGCAGAAUCUCUUGGUUGUUACCUGUCUCAGAGACACAUGCUGGAUGCCAGGGAGAACCUCAGGCUUCUGGCCCGAAUGAACAGACUCUCCCCUCAUCCCUGUCUGCAGGACAGAAAAGACUUUGGUCUUCCUCAGGAGAUGGUGGAGGGCGACCAGCUCCAGAAAGAUCAGGCUAUCUCUGUGCUCCAUGAGAUGCUCCAGCAGUGCUUCAACCUCUUCCACACAGAGCGCUCGUCUGCUGCCUGGAACACCACCCUCCUGGAGCAGCUCCGCACUGGACUCCAACAGCAGCUGGAGGACCUGGACGCCUGCCUGGGCCCGGUGACGGGAGAGAAAGACUCUGACCUGGGAAGGAUGGGCCCCAUUCUGACCGUGAAGAAGUACUUCCAGGGCAUCCAUGUCUACCUGAAAGAGAAGGAAUACAGUGACUGCGCCUGGGAAAUCGUCAGAGUGGAGAUGAUGAGAGCCCUCUCUUCAUCAACCACCUUGCAAAAAAGGUUAAGAAAGAUGGGUGGAGAUCUGAAUUCACUUUGAGAUGAUUCUCGCCGACUAAGAUGCCACAUCACCCUCGUACACUCACCUGGGUUCAUUUUAGAAGACUCUGAUUUUUGCUUCAGCCACUGAAUUCAUUGAAUUACUUUAGCUGAUACUUUGUCAGCAGUAAUAAGCAAGUAGAUAUAAAAGUAUUCAGCUGUAGGGGCAUGAGUCCUUAAGUGAUGCCUCCCCUGAUGUUAUCUUUUCCUGAUUUAUGUAUUCCUUCUUGUACCUAACAUACUUAAAAUAUUAUGAAAUUUGUAAAGUUACAUUUCAUUUGUACAUCUAUUAAAAUUUCUAAAACAUGUUUAUGAUUUUGUGUUAUUAAAUUUGUCCUUUGUUCUAUUUAUUAAGUAAAAGAAAAUGAGUUUCUUUACUCAAAAGUGAUAAUCUACGCCCCGAUUUUAAAACUUAUUAAAGAAUGGGUGGUUACAUUUGUUUAUUCAUUCAUUCCAUUCAUAUGAUGCAUAUACAUUGAGUACCUACGUGACAGAAGGUGUAAUUGUCACCAAGGAAUACAAGUGAAUAAAGCGAAUGUAGUUCCUACUGC